UGUAACCUUAGUAGUUUCAUUGUUUUGACGAAGAAGACACGUAUCAUCGUAUUGUUUGCUUGUAAUUUCAAACGUAAAUAAAUCAGUAAAUUCGAUCGUGUCUUUUGGCGUUAAUCCCUUUCGUGAAAUGCUUUUGGAGUGCCGUGGAAAUCGAGCGAGAAGUCAUCUGCGGGCCAAAUUGCAGACAAAUUGAGAAACAUACACGUAAUUUUUUUUAGAGAGUUCACUACUCACCGCGUUUCGAACCAAAAAUAACCAAAGAAAUUUGAUGCAUUUCAACUGAGACUUCCAUGGAAUCAUCAUUGGCGGAGCAAGUUGGCACUUUGGCGACAAUUACAACAUGUUUGCAGUAUCUCACGGGAGUACUUGUGUGUCGCGAUUACAUUAUCAAAAAGUCUACCGGUGACGCAUCCGUGCUGACGUUCAUAUUCGGCUUCAUUUCGUCGACAAUCUGGCUGAAAUAUGGGCUUCUCACGAACGAGCGAUCCUUAGUUGUAGUUAAUUCCAUAGGAGUAGCCUUAAUGUUAGCUUACACUGUCAUCUUCUACCUUUUCACGACACGACGACGCGACACAAUCCGGAUAACAAGUCUGAGUUUCAUCUUUUUGUGUUUAGUGCUGCUUUACGCGAGCAUCGAGGAAGAUCAUCUCAUGGCGACGGAACGCGUUGGAUUUGUGGGUAUCGCGGUUUCGUUGAUCUUUUUCGCCUCGCCGCUUGCCAACUUGGCGCACGUCGUUAGAGUUAAGAAUUCCGAAAGUCUUCCAUUUUCCAUGAUCGUCUCGUCGUUCGUCGUGACACUGCUGUGGUUCAUUUACGGCAACUUGAUUGGCGAUUAUUUCAUACAAGUUCCAAAUUUCAUCGGCUGUGUUUUAUUGGUGAUGCAAUUGCUGCUCUUUGUCGUCUAUCCAAGCAAAUCUUCCGCGCACUCCAACGACGGGAUCUCGUACAAACCAUUACAAGUCCUCGAGCACCUAUAAAACUGCUGAAAAAAUGAUAAAAAUUUAUUUACAUCACAACGGAAAAUAUAGUCAUUAAUUUAUUGUAUUUAUCGUACUUAUAAAAAAAUGAGCUGGAAAUCGAUUAUUGGAUCAAAAAAUUAUUAAAAUUAUGGAAGAAAAUUUAUUAAAUUGUUAGAAAAUUAUACAAACCAGUUGAAAAGUAAUAAAAAAUGAUC